AUGGACUGGAUGUUUUUGAACCGUCCCGACGAAGUUAAAUACAUUUCAGCCCACGUCCAAGACUUUGCCUCCAAUCCUUCACAUUCACAAAUCCUCGCGAUGGGCAGUCCUCUGGAUGCACAAACGGUGAAGCUGAUCAGUAUCACUCAGACGUACUUCGCAGCCAUGUACGCGGUUGCACUUUGGGAUUGGAUCAUUUGUCUUCCAAAGGAGUACAGAAGAAUCUACAAGGCACCUAGGUCUUUGAUCAAGGUCCUAUAUUACUUCAAUCGCUACUAUACCUUAGCCAACUUAUUGGUCGUUCUUUACGGGUUUAACGCGCAGAUGACAACAGCAGAAUGUGAGAAGUUUUACAAGUGGGAGCCUGGAGUCGCUUCAUUCACGACCAUCUUUGCGGAAGCAAUUUUGGUAGUCAGAACUUACGCGCUGUGGGGAAGGAAUAAAUACAUCUUAGCUGUUCUCCUCGCCGGCUUGACCAUCGAAUGUGUUGUCUUGUUCUUUGCGGUCACUCAAUUUCAUGCGGUCCCAACUAGAGAUCCCACUGACCCUAACAGCCGAGGAGCUUGUAUCGCUGGUGGGGGGCCGGGAGGGCAUGACUGGUCAAUGGCAUACUGGGUUUCACCAAUUGUCAUGGAUACCCUCAUGCUCAUCCUCACUAGUAUUCGGGCUUUCCAGUAUCGAAACAGAGGAGUUAAUAGCGGUGUUUUCCAGACAUUCGUCAAAGAUGGUCUCCUCUACUUCGUCGUGGUUUUUAGUGUCAACUUGAUCAACACUAUCUUUUACUCUUUACCAUCCCCAGCUCUCCAAGCGAUCAACAGUCCAAUGUCACUCUUGAUGACGUCCAUCAUGUGCUCGCACAUUGUACUUUCACUGCGGGGGGAAGAGAAGGAAGAGAUGGAAGCUGUCAGCAAAGACUGGCAGGUCAAUACUUUUCUCAAAAAGAAAAAAGAGCAGAGAUCAGGUGCCACUGCCACCCAGGAAAAGAACAACACUGGAGCUCAUCACGAUUUCGAUAACGAAGGUAUCUAUCGGAACGGUAUAAACAUGCAUCCCUUUUCGAUCUCGUCUCCUUCCGCGCACCACCCCUCAGAUACGUACACCGCAUCCCUAGACAUGAACUCGAGCGGGUUGAUUCCAAGUGAAGGUUUUAUGAACCCAACCUACGAAGGCGUUCAAGUCGAUAUUGAGCACGGUCGCAACUACGACGAAGAGAAGAGCGCAAUUAACGACAGUCAGACCAAAUUGGAAGUCCUUGCCAAGUCCUAA